AUGCAGAGCAGGUUUGAGAGCCUGUGUAGUGACAGUGAAGGGAAGCAGCAAAGAUGCUGAAGGCAAGGAUACAGAAGCCCUGCCUGCACAGCCAGCCUGGCUGCCCCAUGCCCAGUGAGGCUGAGCAAGACCUGUGUGUCUGUGGGACACCCAAGGGGGACACUGAGAGGGACACCCAGAGGGACAUUGACUGUUGGCAGGAGAGGGGGUGUAGAGGGGAGCAGAGUCACUGUCAGCUCCAGGAUUCUCCUUUCUCCAAGAUGGUCAAGCAGGAAGGAUGGACAGACCCACCAGGAAGGAAGGUGAGAGGGAGCUGCCACCAGGAGUCUGAGGGGCUCAAUGGGGACAUGCCAGGUCCCUUGUUGGAUGGCAGCAUCCUGGCAUUGGCAGCUGAGCCCUCAGCCCCCCCCAAAUACUCCAGCUCUGUGCCAGAGUUCCCCCCCACAGCAGCCAGCCCUGCAGCCGACCCCAGCCAGGAGUGGAAAGUGGUGAAGAUCCAGCGGGUUCUCAUCAACCCUACCAGUGAGCCAAGGAAAUUGGGUCUAUCCCGCAGCGCCAGCCUCUCCGAGAAGGAGCUGAAGGAGGCAAAGGCGCGGAGCCGAAGGAUCGCGGCUCAGCUCACCACGGCGCCCGCCCCCAGCUCCAAGGGCGUUCUGCUCUUCCAUCGCCGCAAGCAGCGCGUCGACGGGCUGGCCGGGGCCGGGCAUGCCGGGGGGCUGCCCCUAAACCCCCCGCCCCGGCCGGUAGCCAUGGAGCAGGGCGAAGGGCAGGGAAUGAAGUCAGAGCCCAGCGCCCUGGGAGAGGAGCUGCAGGCAGACACCUCCCGGUGCCGGGAGCCGCCUGCCGAAGCCCAGCAGGUCCCCCUCACCGUCUACCUGAAGGAGAACAUAGGAUCGGCCACCACCAACGGCGUGCGGGAGCGGGAGGCCGGCGGGAUGGAGAGCGGGGUAGGGGGGUGCGGUGAUGCAGAAGUCCCCGCGGGGCUGAGCACGGGGGCUCUUGCUCUGCCGCAGAGCUCCGCAGAGAGGAAGAACGGAGAGAUGUCCAGCGAGGUGCCCAGUGAGAUGCCCAGUGAGCCAGCAGGGACAACCACGGGGACAACAUCCCCAGCCAGCCAGGAGCAGAAUGGGGUGCAGGGCCGGCAGUACUACGAGGUCCAUCUCACCCUGGCCAAACCCAAGCCCGUGAAGAACAGAACAGCCAGACCCUUCGGCACCCAGGCAUCCCCUGCCAGCAGCCAGCCCGUGGAGGGACCCCCUGCUGCUGAGCUGCCCCCGCCGCCCACCUAUGCAGAGACCCUGAGCAGCCCCCCACCCCUGACCCGCGUCCAUUCCCCCCCUGCCUACUCAGCCCUGUACCCCCCCCGGGAGCAGAAGAUGCUGCCAGAUCCCCCCCUGGGCUGUGGGGUGAGCGGACCCAACCCCCUGCCCAAAACGGGGAUCCUGGAGGAAUCAGUUGCCCGAAGAGCUGGCAAAAAGUCAAUGUUCACCUUCGUUGAGAAGCCAAAGCUGGGCCCCAACCCUGAUCUGCUGGACCUGGUCCAGAGCGCGGACAGCAGGAAGAAGCAGAAGGAGCAGGGGGAGCCCAGUGCUGAGGAUGAGCCCUUUGCCCUUGGGGCUGAAGCUGCCAACUUUGUCCCCAACAGCGCAUCUGGGGCUGGGCAGCACCUCCUGCCAGCUGAUGAUGCUCCUGUGUGGUCCUCCUGCCUCAAGUCCCCCACCAUCCAGCCCAAGCCAAAGCCAAAGCCCAGCCACAACCUCAGUGAAGCAAGAGGGAAAGGGGCCGAGCUCUUUGCCCGCCGGCAGUCCAGGAUGGAGAAGUUCAUCAUCGAGGCUCCCUCCCAGCCUGAGCUGCUGCGGUCUCCAUCACCCACCAUGUCCUUGCCUCCCUCCUGGAGGUAUGAUGCCAGCGCAUGCCUGUCACCCAUGGUCUCCAGGCAUCCCUCCAAGAGUCCUUCCAGGCCCUCCAAAACCCCCCCGGCAUCUCUGUACAGCGGCAACAUGAUGGAGAACGAGUUCUCCCAGAAGGAGAUAGAGAUCUCCAAGCAUCAACCUUACCAACUCCAGUCUUCACUCUUCAUUCUCUCCCCAUCCAAGGGGCCAGCAAGGUCCAUGCCCCAGGAGGUGCCUCCACCCAGACCCUCUCUUCCUGAUGCUUACCCCUACCCCCAGCAAACCUCCCGCCCCACCUCUCCAUUGCCUCCUUCCCCCAUUUGGCAUCCCUCUGCUGGGCCCAGCACUGGCCAGACCACCUCCAGCCCUUUCCUCAGCACUUCUGGGACUCUGUCCCUGACUCAUGGCAGCCACGCUGAUCCUGGAGCUCCUGCCGAGGUGCUGCUGGCCUCCCCAUGCCGUCUGCUGCCGGCCCGGGCAAAGGGAGGGUUCCAAGCACCCCGGCCCUCCUACUCCACCAGGAACGCCGGCAUCGAGCCACAGGACAGGCGACCGUCCCUCCCCGCCUCACCCACCUGGACCCCCCGGCUGGCACGGCGCCUGGGCAGCCUGGACGGCUGGGCCAGCCCAGCCUCGGUGCCCGAGCUGGAGGAGGGACCCCCCAUGUCCCCUCCGUGGAGCGAGAGGUCCCUGUCCCCGCUGCGGCAGGACGCAGACCCCCGGGCCAGCCGGCAGAUGCAAGCACGGCUCGCCAGGAACAUCAUCAACGCUGCCCGGAGGAAAAGCUCCUCUCCCAAAGCCGUGGGGCCGGAGGGUUCCCGGCCCUUCAUCCCCAUCCCCUCUGGUCCCUCCAGCCUGCCCCAGUCCCCCCGGCUGGGGAGGCCGGAGAGCUCCAGAGCCCCGGCCCUGCAGGCUGCCAGCAGCAUGCUGCGGAGCCUGGGCAGCCCCUCACCCUCCCACAAGAGCCCUCUGCGGUCACCCCGGGUGGAUGGCCCCCAGUUCUGUGCCUCCCCUUGGUCAGAAGGUCACCGGCUCCUGCUGCCACCCAGCGUUUCCCCCGGGCCCAAGACCCCUCUGCCAUCCCCUGUGGUGGGCGGGCGGUCCUCGGCCAAGCGCUGCACCUCCCGGUCCCCCACGGACUCGGACGUCUCCCUCGACUCCGAAGAUUCGGGGGCCAAGAGCCCGGGCAUCCACAGCUUCAACCUCUGCCCCCGGGGCUGGGCCGGCAACCUGCGGCUGAAGCCGGGGGGGCUGCCCUCGGGGGCUCCCUGCACCUCCUAGACGAACCACCCCCAGACGAACCACCCUGUCCCCAGCCAUGCCAGCCUGGGGGAUGCCACCUGCUGACCCCCCAGUGGAAUCACUCCAACCCUUGGGGCUGUGGUCCUCAAAAACUGAUGUUCCCUCGGUGUGCCGGCAGGGUCAGGUGCCUCCCCCCUGCUGCCAUCUCAUGGCCCCGAGCUAUUUUUACCAGCCUAACCUUUCAGGGCAGGACUGCCUGUUCUGCAGGCAGCUGGGGGCAGCCAGCACCAAGCACACCAUGCAGCAGGGAUGGGGACAGGCUCGGGGGUCCCCUGCCAGUCCCCAGUGCCAGGGUGUCAUAGACACCCCACAGCUCUGUGUUCCUGGGGUGGCAUGGCCUGAGGGGGUCACUGAUACCCCGCAUAGGCAGGCAGUGCUGAGGAGGUGCCAUGGCAUCCUCUCCCAGUCCCUCCCACCCUUUCCCAGUCUCCUGACCUGUCUGGUUUCAAUUGAAACCAGAUUUCAGGGAGCAAUAGUUAAUUUUUUUUAUAUCAAUCCCCACUUCUUCACUUCUUCAUCACUUUAUUUUUGCUUGGUUUGUUUUUUGUUUUUACUUUGGACCCCUUCUCAAAGAAAUUCCCCCAAAUCCUUCCCUGGUGACCAAAAAAAAAAGAGCCAAAGUUAU